AUGAAACUGAAGGUACCUCCUUUGAAUGAUUUUGGUGGAAGGUGCAUGGUACCCUACAAGUCCACCAGCAAGUCAGCGGGCUCUGCCAUUAGCUCUCAAAUUGUCAAGAGAAGGAUCCAAGCUCAGGUGGACGAAAGUGCAGACACCUCCCAAACCAUCCCAUCCCAAAAAUCCAGACGCUACUGGGGAAGAUGUGCAACCAAGCAACGUAAAAUUAAUGCAUUGCCUACCAUUGUAGAUGCAAGUGACAAGGGCUUGAGGAGCCUCAGUGUGGCCAUUCCCCAACCAAGAAGGGGUGCUGAGGACAAGAAGAAGGCUCGGGUGCCACGAACCAAUGUGAAUGGAGGGCAGUCUGGAACCAUACCACUCAACCUGCCCAAGUCUUCCCAUCAGGUUUUAUCUGUAAUUGAUGAUUUCGAAAUCUUUGAUAGCAUUGUGGGAGGGCAGAACGAUGAUGUCAUAUUGGUAGAUAGGAGGUUUGUCUGUGAUUUGUGGGGGGGGGGAAAGAAUGACCUUGGCAUAACAGCACGUGAUAUGGCCAGGCCCUUGAUUUGA